AUGGAUGAGAUCUACGUGAGCAAACUGUGGGUGAGGGGUAUUAAUGGACGGCAAGGGUUGGCAGAAAGAGAGCUUAGCCGAGCUUCUCAGAAUCCUCAAUCUGUAUGCAGUGAGAGCUGUGGUUCUGGAUUCAGGAAGACACCCCAGGAAGGCAAGGCUGUCUGUUGCUUUGACUGCACACCCUGCCCACAGAAUGAGAUUUCCAAUGAGACUGAUAUGGAUCAGUGUAUGAAGUGUCCAGAGAGUCACUAUGCAAACUCAGAGAAGAACUACUGCCUCCAGAAGACUGUGACCUUUCUGAACUAUGAUGAUCCCUUGGGAAAGGCAUUCACCUCCAUGUCCUUGGGCCUCUCCUCACUCACAGCAUUUGUCCUUGGGGUCUUUGUGAAGCAUAGAGAUACUCCCAUUGUGAAGGCCAAUAAUCGGGCUCUUAGUUACAUCCUGCUCAUCACUCUGACCUUCUGUUUUCUCUGUCCUUUACUCUUCAUUGGCCGUCCCAACACAGCCACCUGUAUCCUUCAGCAGAACACAUUUGGACUUCUGUUCACUGUGGCUCUUUCUACUGUGUUGGCCAAAACUGUAACUGUAGUCAUGGCCUUCAAGGUUACUGCUCUGGGAAGUAUGAUGAGAAGGUUAAUGAUAUCAAGAACUCCUAACACCAUCAUUCCACUCUGCACCACAAUCCAACUUCUUCUUUCUGGAAUAUGUCUGGCAACCUCUCCUCCAUUUGUUGACACAGAUGCUCACUCUGAACAUGAACACAUCAUCAUCGUGUGUAACAAGGGCUCAGCUAUUGCUUUCCAUGGCAUCCUUGGAUACCUGGGAUUCUUGGCCCUAGGGAGCUACCUUAUGGCUUUCUUGUCCAGGAAUCUGCCUGACACAUUCAAUGAGGCUAAAUUCCUGGCUUUCAGCAUGCUGGUGUUCUGCAGUGUCUGGGUCACCUUCCUCCCUGUCUACCAUAGCACCAAGGGGAAGGUCAUGGUGGCUCUGGAGGUCUCCUCUAUCUUGGCUUCCAGUUCAGGGAUCCUGGGCCUCAUCUUUGCCCCUAAGUGCUACAUUGUUUUGUUAAGGCCAGAAACAAACAUACUUCAUCAUAUCAAGGACAAAACACAUACUAGGAAGAAAAUCCCCUUUGAAACUUAG